AUGAUUUUCCCUACAACUUUUGUGACGGUCAAUAAAUGUGGCAAACCCAUCCUCAAGCUUCUGCUUCAACUUGCCUCACAGAUUCACGAUCAGACAAGGGACUUCGAUCUCAUCAUCACACGUCUAGAUGACUUGAUAGCUCUUGCAACAGAGAAAUUCUAUGCGUUCCCUUUCAAAGAUGUACCUCCUUGUUGGAGAAUCCUUUUCAGAGAAGCAAGUAUGCUUAGAGUCUCACUGGGCCCGCUGCAGCGUGAAGAAAUACUUGAUGAGAUUGUCAAAACGAUCGACAUGGCACUCAUUAUGACAGGACCACCACCAUCAGAAACUGGGCAAGCAGAAGUUGAGACAUUGUUCAACCUUCUGCAAGAUAUCAAUGAUGCAAGAUCUGAAUUUGAGCAUGAAGAGAGGCCAAUAAAACGACAGAAGCUCGGUGAAGAUACCUUUCCUGGGACUACCUCAUUCAUUCCACCAGUAUCGAGACCGGUCCCUCGUAUGGCUGCACCCACCUUUGAUCAAUUCGAGAAGCAUAUGCAACAUCCCAAGGAUACCAAUCUCGGCCCAGAACCUCUUAUCAUUACGGAUACCUUGAACCACUGGCCUGCACGCAAUGAGCGGCCGUGGAAUAAACCUUCCUAUCUUAUGUCGAAGACAAUUGGAGGGCGACGUCUAGUCCCUGUCGAGCUUGGUCGAAGCUACGUUGACGAGGGAUGGGGUCAGAAGAUAAUCCCGUUUAGAGCAUUCAUUCGCCAGUACGUUCUCCGUGAACGAGACUCAACGGGACUGGCAACGGGCUACCUUGCUCAACACGACCUAUUUGGUCAGGUUCCCUCUCUUCGCCAGGACAUUGCAGUACCGGAUUACUGUUACACGAAUCCUCCGCCACCCCAUCCGUCCUCACCACUGGCUGAAAAGCACUCUAAACACCUCCAGCUCGACGAGCCCUUGUUGAAUGCAUGGUUUGGACCAGCGGGAACGAUCAGUCCUCUCCACGUGGACCCCUAUCAUAACAUUCUUGCCCAAGUCGUAGGCAAGAAGUAUGUCAGACUCUAUGCCCCGCGUGAGAGCGAAAAGCUGUACGCGCGAGGCAUUGAAGACGGAGGUGUAGACAUGGAGAAUACGAGCGCUCUUGAUAUCGGAGUGCUUGCUAGAUGGGAUGGGAGUGAUGCCGAAAGACUGGAGGCUCAUGAGAUGUUUCCUCUUUUCAAAGAUGCCCAAUAUAUGGAUUGUAUCUUGAAUGAAGGAGAAUGUCUGUACAUUCCAUUGGGAUGGUGGCAUUACGUUCGAAGCUUAAGUGUUAGCUUCAGUACAAGCUUUUGGUGGAAUUGA